AUGAAAAGUGUGACGAAGCGGUCGAUUUUUGCGCGCAAUCAACAAUCAAACUGGUAUCAGCGCUGCCAGUUCCUUCCAGAAGCUAUAAAAGCUUGGAAUGAGGCGUCGACGACGUCAGCCAUGGAUCUCGACGCCCGCAUCAGGGCGUACAAGUUCGUCGCCUACACGGCGGUGACCUUCUCCGUCGUCGCCGUCGUCUCCAUCUUCGUGACCUUGCCCAUGGUGUACAACUACGUGCACAACAUCAAGCGCCAGAUCCACACCGACGUCAACUUCUGCAAGGUUCGUUUUUUACUUUUUUUUUUAGUGCUAGCUGAGAGUUAGUCUUUCCAGAUCACUCACAAGUGAGGUCAUUGUAAACACCCAGAAAUUCGGAGCUUCUGAAAAUUCUCAAAGAAUCUUCAAAGAGCUUAAGAAAUGUAAUUACGCCAAUUUCUAGUUAUUUAGAUAAAAAUUUAAAGGUGUAAUUCACAGGACUGUUUAGAAUUACGGAGAGAGAAAGGCCUCAAGAAAAAAAAAAUUUAAUCUCAAAGCGGGAUAAGGUAAGAACUAAAGGCCAAGAAAGGUCGAAAACGGUUUUUUUUUCCGGUUUUACUGAUGGAAAACUUUUUCUAAUGAUCCUCAUGAUGUCCUUUCGAACUGGAUACGUUUUCAAGUUUUGAAUAUCUCAAGAAAAAAUUAUCUGCCCAUUUUAUACUUUUUCUUCGUAUUAUGAAGCUUGGCAGGUUUUUCUUGAAGAGAAUAAUUUUUCUUGGGGCUACCUACGAAAGUUACCCCUACAUUAAAUAUCGAGAAAAUUCGGAACUCAAACUUUCCGUAAACUUUUCGGGAUCAUAAUCAACCCCAGAGAAAGAAAAAACUUCAGGGAUCAGCUAAGGACAUCUGGUCCGAGGUGCACCAAAUCAAGGACAUCCAAGUCAACAGAACCCGUAUCGCUCGUCAGGCUUACAACACUGGAGGCGCUGCCGCUGGCGGCGGGGGCGGAGGAGGUAAAAAAAAAUUUGAAGAACUUAUUUCACUUUUUUUGUUUCAGGAGAAUAUGGAGUCGCUGGCGGAGAGGCCACAGCUGCCGGAGGCGGAGGAGGAGGAGGCUGCUCUGGCUGCUGCAACCCUGGACCUCCUGGUCCUGGCGGAAAUCCAGGAAAGCCAGGACGUCCAGGUAAGCCAGGAGCUCCCGGAGCUCCAGGAAUGCCCGGAAAGGGAGCCUCAGCACCUUGCGAGCCAAUGGUGAGCUUCUUUUUAGUUGAUCAUUUUUGAGAAAUGCUACUAAUUUUUUGAGAGCUUCAAGGAUAGUCAGAAAUUUCCAGACCCCGCCACCAUGCCAGCCUUGUCCAGAAGGACCCCCAGGACCAGCAGGACCAGCCGGCCCGGCCGGAGAACCUGGACCAGAUGGACCACCUGGAUCACCAGCUGGACCAUCUACUCCUGGACCACCAGGACCAGCCGGAGAGCCAGGACCUGCCGGAAACGACGGAACUCCUGGAGAGCCUGGAGGCCCCGGAGAACCUGGAGCUUCUGAGACGGGAGGAGCCGGAGAGCCUGGACCAGCCGGACCGGCAGGACCACCCGGACCACCAGGUCCAGACGGAGCGCCAGGAUCAGGAGGAGCUGGAGCUCCAGGACCCAAGGGACCACCUGGACCAGGAGGACAGCCAGGAAGCGACGGAAACCCAGGACCGCCGGGACCAGCCGGAAAGUCUGGUGGCGACGGAGAGAAGGGAAUCUGUCCCAAGUGAGUUAUUUUUGGUAGGAAAUGUAAAUAUUUUAAUUUCUCAGGUACUGCGCCAUCGACGGAGGUGUCUUCUUCGAAGAUGGAACUCGUCGUUAA